UAUUAUGUGCAGUUUCAUUCGCAUACUUUGCAGUCCCUGAACGCUCUGCAAUAUGCACUAGAUGAAUUUCAUGAACAUGAGCAUAUUUUUGUGGACCUUGGCGUAUGUGGAGACUUCAACAUACCUAAACUGCACUCAAUGGUUCACUAUGUCGAAUCUAUCAAGUCCAGGGGUUCGGCCGAUGGCUUCAACACAGAGUUUCCUGAGCGGCUGCACAUAGACUUUGCAAAGGCACAUAUUACAGUGACAUAUUUCCGUAUUGUACGGGUCACCCGACCUACAUAA